CCAGUGGGAAUUUCCUCUUUACUGGAUUUGGACAAUAUCUUCCUAUUAUUCACAGGAAGCAAUCCCUCCUAUAAAAGGGCCUCAGCCGCAGUAGUGUUCAGCUGUUCUUGGCUGACUUCACAUCAAAACUGCUAUAGUGACCUGAGGCAGAGGCAGCAGUGAUACCCAUCUGAGAGAUCCUGUAUUUGAACAACUGCUUCACAAAACGGAAAGUAUUUCAAGCCUAAACCUUUGGGUGAAAAGAACUCUUGAAGUCAUGAUCGCGUCACAGUUUCUCUCAGCUCUCACUUUUGUGCUUCUCAUUAAAGAGAGUGGAGCCUGGUCUUACAACACCUCCGCGGAAACCAUGACUUAUGAUGAGGCAAGUGCUUACUGUCAGCGAAGGUACACACAUCUAGUUGCAAUUCAAAACAAAGAAGAGAUUGAGUACCUCAACUCCAUAUUGAGCUAUUCACCAAGCUAUUACUGGAUUGGAAUCAGAAAAGUCAACAAUGUGUGGGUCUGGGUAGGAACCCAGAAACCUUUGACAGAAGCAGCCAGGAACUGGGCUCCAGGUGAACCCAACAAUAAACAAAACGAUGAGGACUGCGUGGAAAUCUACAUCAAGAGAGACAAAGACGUGGGCAUGUGGAAUGAUGAGAGGUGCAGCAAGAAGAAGCUGGCCCUGUGCUACACAGCUGCCUGCACCAAUACAUCCUGCAGUGUCCACGGUGAAUGUGUAGAGACCAUCAAUAAUUACACUUGCAAGUGUGCCCCUGGGUUCAGUGGACUCAAGUGCGAGCAAGUUGUGAACUGUCCAGCCCCGGAAUCCCCUGAGCAUGGAAGCCUGGUUUGCACUCACCCACUGGGAAACUUCAGCUACAAUUCUUCCUGCUCUGUCAGCUGUGACAGGGGCUACCAGCCAAGCAGCAUGGAGGCCACACAGUGUAUGUCCUCUGGAGAAUGGAGUGCUCCUAUUCCAGCCUGCAAUGUGGUUGAGUGUGAUGCUUUGACAAAUCCUGCCAAUGGGUUUGUAGACUGUUUCCCAAGUCCUGGAAGCUUCCCAUGGAACACAACCUGUGCAUUUGACUGUGAAGAAGGAUUUGAACUAAUGGGAGCCCAGAGCCUUCAGUGUACCUCAUCUGGGAAUUGGGACAAUGAGAAGCCAAAGUGUAAAGCCGUGACAUGCAGGGCUAUCCCCGAGCCUCAGAAUGGCUCUGUGACGUGCAGCCAUUCCCCUGCUGGAGAGUUCACCUUCAACUCUUCCUGCAACUUCACCUGUGAGGAAGGCUUCAUGUUGCAGGGUUCAGCCCAGGUUGAAUGCAGCACUCAAGGGACGUGGACACCGCAAAUCCCAGUUUGUGAAGCUUUCCAGUGCACAGUCUUGUCCAGCCCUGAGCGAGGCCACAUGAAUUGUCUUCCUAGUGCUUCUGGCAGCUUCCAGAAUGGGUCCAGCUGUGAGUUCUCCUGUGAGCAGGGAUUUGUGUUGAAGGGCUCCAAAAGGCUCCAGUGUGGCCCCACAGGGGAGUGGGACAACGAGAAGCCCACAUGUGAAGCUGUGAGAUGUGAUGCUGUUCGCCAGCUCCCGAGGGGUGUGGUGCAGUGUGCUCAUUCCCCCAUUGGAGAAUUCACCUACAAGUCCUCUUGUGCCUUCAGCUGUGAGGAGGGAUUUGAAUUACAUGGAUCAACUCGACUUGAGUGUACAUCUCAGGGACAGUGGACACAAGAGGUUCCUUCCUGCCAAGUGGUGAAAUGUUCAAGCCUGGCAGUUCCGGGAAAGAUCAACAUGAGCUGCAGUGGGGAGCCUGUGUUUGGCACUGUGUGCAAGUUCGCAUGUCCUGAAGGAUGGAUGCUCAAUGGCUCAGCAGCGCUGACAUGUGGUGCCACAGGACACUGGUCUGGGUUGCUGCCUAUCUGUGAAGCUCCCGCUGAAUCCCACAUUCCCUUGGCUGCUGGACUUUCUGCUGCUGGAAUCUCUCUCCUAACACUAAUACCAUUUCUCCUCUGGGUUCGGAAAUUCCUUCGGAAAGCAAAGAAAUUUGUUCCUGCCAGCAGCUGCCAAAGCCUUGAAUCAGAUGGAAGCUACCAAAAGCCUUCUUACAUCCUUUAAGUUCAAAAGAAUCAGAAACACAGGUGCAUCUGGAGAACUAGAGGGAUACACUGAAGACAACAGAGACAGAGAACUCUCCUCGGGUCUCCGGCCCUUCUUGCCUACUAUACCACAUGCCUUUAUGGUUGAAACUGCCACAGCCACCACCACUUCAAUGUAUCAAAGUCCAGUGGGCAAGGCCAGCCUUUGACUGAAUGGACUCAGUGUUCUCUUUCCUACUCUCAGGGUCAAGAGAGUGGUGUCUAAUGAAAGGAAAGGACAUUUUCUUCCAAGCAAAGGUGAAGAGACCAUGACUGUGAAAUCUCAGAAUUCCUUUUCUAACUCUCCCUUGCUUGCUGUGAAAUCUUGGCAUAGAAACACAAUAUUUUAUGACUUUCUUUCUUUUGCCCUUCAUAGUGUUUCAAAAGCUGAUUCCACAGUUGCUGUCAUAAGAAUGAAUAAUAAUUAUCAAGAGUUCAGAGGAAAAAAUGGCUAAAAAUAUUCUAUUUCAAGGCCGGGCGCGGUGGCUCAAGCCUGUAAUCCCAGCACUUUGGGAGGCCGAGGUGGGUGGAUCAUGAGGUCAAGAGAUCGAGACCAUCCUAGUCAACAUGGUGAAACCCCAUCUCCACUAAAUACACAAAAAAUUAGCUGGGCGUGGUGGCGUGUGCCCGUAAUCCCAGCUACUCAGGAGGCUGAGGCAGGAGAAUUGCCUGAACCCAGGAGGCGGAGGUUGCGGUGAGCCGAGAUCACGCCAUUGCACUCCAGCCUGGGUAACAAGAGCGAAACUCCGUCUCAAAAAAAAAAAUAUUCUAUUUCUAACUUGAAAAAAUGACAGAUUUUGAAUGCACAUAGGCCAAUGCAUGGAGGGUUGUUAACGGUGCAAAUCCUACUCAACGCUCUGUGUGAGGGUUACUAUGCACAAUUUAAUCACUUUCAUCCCUGUGGGAUUCAGUGCUUCUUAAAGAGUUCUUAAAGAUUGUGAUCUUUUUUACUUGCAUUGAAUAUAUUAUAAUCUUCCAUAAUUCUUCAUUCAAUACAAGUGGUGUAGGGACUUAAAAAACUUGUAAAUGUGUAAAUAUUGUAAACUGUUAUGGGUAAAAGUUACUUAUCCUAGAUUACCCCCUCUUUAUUUGUUAACAAAUUAUGUUACAUCUCUUAUAAAUUUAUUUCAAAAAGGGAAACGAUUGUCCCCUAGCAAGGCAUGAUGUUAACCGGCAUAAAGUUCUGAGUGGUUUUACUAAAGUUGGUUUUUAAAAACAUGAUGAUAUCGGAGAGUAAAAACUGAAUGGAACGUUUGUAUAUUGUCAGGUAUCUUUUUCAGAAAUAUGUGGUUUCCAUGAUGAAAAACUUCCAUGAGAUAAAACAGUUUGAUCUAAUAAAAGCAUAAAUGCAAAUGCAUGAAGGUACAAUUUUAUGAAUGUCUUUGCUGGAAAAGAAUGCUUUGCAUUCCUACAAAGAUCUUUGUCAGAUGUAAUAUGUAAACAUAAUCCUUGUAUAUUAUGGAAGAUUUAAAAUUCAUGAUAGAAAAUCACCAUAUCAAAGAGUCAUCUGGUAGACUUUUAAAGAAUGAAGAUGUCUAAUAGUUAUUCCCUAUUUGUUUUCUUCUGUAUGCUAGGGUGCUCUGGAAGAGAGGAAAGCCUGUGUGAGCAAGCAUUUAUGUUUAUUUAUAAGCAGAUUUAAAAAUUCCAAUCACUGGCAAUGAGAAAUUCUCGGUUAGGAAUUGUUGAAGCUGCUCUAGCCUUGUGGAGUGUGAGAAUCAAAACUCUCCUACCCUUCCAUUAACUUAGCAUGUGUUGAAAAAAAGCUUCAGAGAAGUUCUGGCUGAACACUGGCAAUGACAAAGGCAGCAGUCAAAAGGGCGAUGUAAUAAGGAUCAGAACAGCAGAGGUUCUUUUUAAGGGGCAGAAAAACUCUGGGAAAUGACAGAGAACAACUACUGUGAUCAGGCUAUGUAUAGAAUGAAUGGUUUUUUUCUUUGAAAUUGUUUAAGUGUUGUAAAUAUUUAUGUAAACUGCAUUAGAAAUUAUCUGUGUGAAAUACCAAUGUGGUUUGUGUUUGAGUUUUAUUGAGAAUUUAAAGUUAUAACUUAAAAUAUUUUAUAAUUUUUAAAGUAUGUAUUUAUUUAAGCUUAUGUCAGACUUAUUUGACAUGACACUAUAACGGUUGACAAUAAAUGUGUUUAUAUUUA